AUGCAGAACUCCACUGUGCUGGGUGGAAAUCGGGGAAACAGUCAAAGUCUUCAGAAGUCGUACGCUGACCACCGAAGACGAAAUUUGGAAUUUCUAAUCGGUGAUAAAGUAUAUUUGAAGCUCUUCCCGUUCAAAAUAGUGAUUCAAGGGAAAAAGAAAGGAAAACUAAGCCCAAGAUACAUCGGCCCAUAUGAAAUUUUGGAGAAAAUUGGAUCAGUGGCUUAUAGAAUAGCUUUACCUGUAACAGUAGCAAAUAUCCACAACGUGUUCCACGUGUCCCAACUGCAGAAACAUGAGCUCGAUCCUAUGCAGGUUCUUCAAAAUGAGACCAUAGAGAUAUGA